AUGGAUUUGGAUAUUCUUAGUUGGAAUUGCAGGGGUAUCUGCAACGAUUCAACUGUUAGGGCUUUGAAGGAUUUGAUCUCUCAAAACAGGCCCCAAAUCAUCUUUCUUUGUGAGACAAAGAUCAGUAAUCUGGGAGAUUUCACAGCACUGAAGCAUGCGUUGGGGUUUUCGUAUGCAAAGGAGGUUCUGAGUGAUGGUCAAGCAGGUGGCUUGGGUGUAUUCUGGAACGAUGAAGUCAGAGUGCAGAUGGGGACUGUCUCCGAGCAUCAUAUCGAUAUGGUAAUUUUUGGAGGUCCUGGUGAUCCGAGAUGGAGGCUGACAUGCUUUUAUGGGUAUGCCAGAACAUCAGAACGUGACCGCUCAUGGAAACUAUUGCAGGAUCUUUGUGACCUUGAUUCUCUUCCUUGGGUAGUUAUCGGUGACUUCAAUGAGAUCUUAAAUAAUGGAGAGAAGAUUGAUGGCCCUGUUAGGGCUGAAAGACAAAUGCGAGGGUUCCGAGAUGCCUUAGGCUACUGUGAUCUUCUUGACCUAGGUUUUCAGGGUUGUCAGUCAACUUGGUGGAAUUCAGAGACUCAACUUCGCCUUGACAGGGCAGUUUGCACGCCUUCUUGGUGUGAUCUGUUUGGGUAUGCUAAGGUCGUACACUUACCUCCAAGUGAUUCGGACCAUAUCCCCAUCUUAUUGCGUGCUAGUACGAUCCCACUCCCAACUCGUCCUAAACAUCAUAGAUUCAAGUUCGAGGCUUUCUGGCUCCAACAUGCUGAAUGUAAUCCUCUUGUGGAACAAGCCUGGCAGAUUGAUGUCACUGGUAACCCCAUGUUCCAAGUAACAAAGAAAAUUGCUUAUACUAGAAUGGAACUUGAUAAAUGGCAGAAAAGAACUUUCAAAAUGCGUCAACAGCAGAUGAUGGGAAUACGAACUAGACUUGAAGAGUUAAUGGAUUGUACAAUCACAGUUGCUGUUCAAGAAGAGAAGAAAGAUUUGAUGGAUCGUCUGCAUGCUUUUCUAUCCCAGGAGGAAGCCUUUUGGAGGCAGAGAUCAAAGAUUACAUGGUUAAAAGAGGGAGAUAGAAACACUGGCUUCUUUCACCGAAAGGUAGCAAACAGAAAGCGACAUAACACCAUUCAAGGUUUGUAUGAUGAAGACGGAAAUUGGGUGGAGGAUAAUGAUGGUAUGGAGCGAGUAGUCACUUCUUAUUUUACUACGAUCUUCACUGCCUCGGAUGUUGAUAUGGAAGCAAUAACUAUGACCAUUGAAGCAAUUCAACCUAGUGUUACACAGGAGAUGAAUGUUCAAUUAUGUGCACCGUAUACUAGUGAGGAGGUCAAACGGGCACUUUUUCAGAUGUACCCUACCAAAUCACCUGGACCGGAUGGCAUGCCGCCAUUAUUUUUUCAACAUUAUUGGGAGACCAUUGGUGAGGAUGUGACGGAAGCAGUGUGUAACUUUUUACAUUCAGUGCAAUAUUCUUUUCUGGUACGAGGAAGGCCUAGAGGCUUGGUGACUCCUAGCAGAGGUCUGCGACAAGGUGAUCCACUUUCACCGUAUUUAUUUUUGCUUGGAGCAGAAGGCUUUUCGGCUCUUCUACAACAAAAACAGGCUGCAGGACUACUUCCGGGGAUUGAGGUUUGUAAUGAGGCUCCUUCAGUCAAUCACUUACUUUUUGCUGAUGAUAGCAUGUUGUAUGGACAAGCUUCUUUGGAGGAUUGUUUUCAGAUUCUGGAGGUGUUCGAAACUUAUGGAAGAGCUUCAGGACAGGUUGUUAACUUUAACAAAAGUUCUGUUGUUUUUAGUAAAAAUGUUUCCGAGUGUAUGCAAGAUGAGGUAGCUAGCCUUUUGGGGGUGGAGAUAGUUGAUUCUCAUGAGAAAUACCUAGGGCUUCCGACUUAUGUUGGCCGUAAGAAAACUGCUACAUUUCAGUACAUCAAAGACAACUUAGCAAAAAAGUUGACGAAUUGGCAAGGAAAGCUUUUGAGUGGCGCUGGAAAAGAUAUUUUAAUCAGGGUGGUGGCUCAAGCUUUACCAACGUCAAUGUCUCGACUACAUGAUUACCGCUUUCAUAAUUCAAAGUUAAGGAGUGAAGCAAUUAGAUGUCUGAGGGUUGAGAAAUGGAAGCCUCCUUCAAUUGGAACUCUCAAAGUUAAUAUUGAUGGUUCAUUCUAUGAGUCUACAAGACAAGGUGGAUUUGGAUUUGUGAUACGGGAUUCAGAUGGACAAUUUAUUGUUGGUGGGGGAGGUCCUCUCAGUCAAUUGUUAUCUCCAGAACAUGCAGAACUUUCAGCUUUUCAAGCUGCUCUAGAUUAUAUAAUGGAACAUGACAUGCAACCGGUGGUAGUGGAGACUGACUCUACCAAGGUCCAGCGCCAACUGACUAUUGCUGCUAUGCCUAACACAUCUACACUAGGAAGGGUGUAUGAUGACCUGUUGAUGUUACUGGAGUCACAGCCAAAUGUGACUAUUGUGCAUGCUAGAAGAGAUGCCAACAACAGUGGUGUUCGAUCACCUGGUGUCUGUCGUGCUGCUUAG